AUGGCCGAUUCAGAAGAUUUGUCGCUCGCGGGAGACGUGGGCUUGGACAAUGGCGACACUAUAAAUAAUGCGCCCACGAUAGCUGGUACUGAUGUGGAUGCUGGUGCUGAUGGUGUUAAUGAUGGUUUACUCGAGGAUAGUGACGGGCCCGACCGUCAUCUUACACCAGUUCCUAUAGGAAACGGAUCCGUUACGAAUAGAUAUCGCGAGAUCAUGCAGCAGCAACAUCAGGAUAGUUCAGACGUGAGCUCCUUGGGUGGAAGCUCUUUGCAUGGUCUACCAAAGCGUGUUGGUAGCCCGAUAGAUUCGGUCUUGUCGGGACCUGACGAUACACCAUCUAUUCAAGGAUCAUUUGUCUCCUCUCCUGGAAGCAGCGUUCUCCCGUCUGUAGCCUCCCGUCCCGGCCUGAGCAGUCCCUCACCAUCUUUCCGACCUUUCGAUCGCCGAUUUCAGUCGCGAAUUUCCUCCUCGGCAAUUAAUACACCUCGCUCGUCGUCUCCGGCAUUUCCUUUUCUUUCCAGCCAUAGCCGUAACGUCUCCUUAAGCUCGCAAUUCCUCCUCGACCAGGCCGAUCUAGAGACACCAACGCCGCCGUGGGAGGUGGUUCGUUGGACAAAGCUACGGAAGCUCAAUGGCCAUGCAUUCUCUGAGGCAGGGAAACGCAACUUUGGUUCCCCAACUUGUCUUGCUGUAUCAGCAACGAUAGUACUUGGAACGUCGAAGGGUAUCAUAUUAGUGUUCGAUUAUAACCAAAAUCUCAAAAUGAUUAUUGGUCCAGGGACAAAAGCUGUCGAAUCUGGGCCAAUCACUGCUAUAGCGAUAUCCGCAGAUCAUACUACAAUCGCAGGAGGACAUGCGAGUGGAAACAUCUUUACCUGGGAUACAGGCCGUGCCUCGAGGCCUUUCCUAACAAUACCACAUUUGGAACCAUCGCAGCUUCAAAAUCGCACGGUAGAUGGACAUGUUCCUGACGUUGCUAUCACUCACCUCGGGUUCUUGGGAACACGCCAUACAGCCCUUGUUUCAGCUGAUAAUAAGGGCAUGGCUUUCUCGCAUCUGGCGACUAGAGGAACCGGUGCACUUGGGCGAACCGUGAAAACUCAUCGGAUUCUUGGUCGAUAUCCGGAUGCGCCAAUGCCUCCAGGGAAGACGGUCAAGCCUAGCACCGUCCUUGCCUUCGCACCUCUACCCCUUGGCAAUGUUGAGUGUUCAACAGACACCCUAGGCUUGACAGCCAUGCUGACACCAUAUCUUCUUGUUAUUGUGUCAACUACACCAGUAGCACAGACUCAACACAAGUCGGCGCGGCCUAAGGAUGUUCCCCCUCAUAGCGCGAUGACAGGCUGUUUGGCAUGGUUCCCAGCAGUGAAACUGAAGGUUCCUGACCCUCAAACUGGCAGCGAUAUUUCGAAGGUGAAGCUUGCGUACUGCUGGUCCAAUAUCUUGACAGUGCUGGAUGUAGACGAGUAUCCCCGUGAAGAUAAGGACCAGCCUGCGUCGUACAGAUUCAAGGCACGAAGCAGGUGGAAGUGCGAAGAAGCGAUUGUUGCUGUGCAAUGGCUCAGCCGUUCAGUACUAGCGGUGCUUACGAUCUCUCAAAGAAUGAUCGUACUUGAAGACAGGAGCAUGCGCAUGACAGAGGGCUUCGAUCUUGUGCAAAAGUACAUAUACCACGCAGACCUGUUCUCAGAGCAGCUGCACACUCUUGUGGAACAGCUUGAUGAAAACGAUUCCUCGAUGCAUGGCGUCGUAGCUGAUGCUUUCUACAUGAGCUUCAAAGCGUACAAGGGGAGGAUAUUUAUCCUUGGCUUCAAUGAAGUUUCAAUUGGCGCAUUGUCAAAUUGGGCCGACAGACUUAUUGCUAUGAUGGAAAAUGGCGACUACCUAGGCGCUAUUCAGCUUGCCACUUCUUACUAUACUGGCGACGCAGACAAGCUCACCGUUGGAUUGCCAGAAGAUCCUUCAUUGCGUCACACCAUGGUUCGUGACAAGAUUAUGGAGAUCAUCAGUGCCUCUUUGAAGUAUGCUUUUGGUCAGCGUCAGAAGGAUCCUGAGAGUUACGACGAUGAGCACAUGAAGCAAUUAGCAGAGACCUGUUUCACAGCUUGUCAAGCCGUCGACAACCAGGACUUCCUCUUCGAGGACAUGUAUGACUGGUACGAAGAUGCUGAUAUUGGAGGCAUAUUUCUCGAGUGUCUCGAACCAUACAUCCUCGAGAAGACCAUCACGAUGGUGCCUCCAACUGUUGUGAAAGAUUUGGUCCAGCACUACGUCAGUCGAGGGUGGGAGAGUAGACUUGAGGAAAUGAUCUGCCACAUGGAGACAGUGACACUGGACCUUGACCAGAUAACAUUACUGUGUAAGCAACACAGCUUAUACGAUGCUCUGAUCUACGUCUGGAAUCAGGCACUUGGUGACUAUAUCACUCCGAUGAUUGAUCUUCUGUCUCUAUUGAUACCCCUCAUGGUUGACGGGGACUUCACGGCAAACAAUCCAGCAGAUGAUUUCUUCAGCAUCAACGCCUUCAAGAUUUUCCCAUAUUUGUCUUAUACACUGACUGGCAGGGUGUAUCCAAACGAUGAAGCGAUGAGUGAAGAGAUGGCAACCAAAGCUAAAUCUGAGAUUUACUGGUUUUUCUUUUCCGGGAGAACUAUUACCUGGCCAAAAGGCAGUGGGAACGAGUUCCGUACCAUCCCCAACUCUGAGUCGCAGCCAUCGUUUCCCUACCUUCGUAUGAUUCUCAAACUGGAUGCCCCUAGCUUUCUGAGCGCGUUGAACGAGGCAUUCGAGGACCCUUUCCUGAAUGACUCCACCGAUCAGCACAUGAACGGCUCUAGGGGAGACAUGCCAGAAGAACAGAUCUUUGGACAAACCAUAAACCGGCAAUAUGUUCUCUCUAUCUUGCUGGAUGUCAUGAAUCCAAACGACUUUGCCCCUGAGGAUACCAUCUACCUCGACAUGUUUAUUGCGCGGAACCUUCCAAAGUUCCCACAAUACCUUCUCUUUUCAGGCACAACACUCUCGCGCGUCUUGACUGGUCUGUGCAAUUAUCCAGGCCUCGACCUAGCUGAGGAUGCACAGCUCAGCGCUGAAUAUUUACUCUCUGUUUAUCAUCCGUCAGACAUGCCUGACUUGAUGCCAUUGUUCAAGAAGGCAGGAUUCUAUCGUAUCCUGAAACGCAUAUACAAGACAGAUAAACAGUAUGGCAAUCUGGUCCAGACGUAUUUUGAGGACCCGGAAGACCAAGAGUUGGUUUUCGACUGCCUCCGCGAAUGCCUGCGACCUCACUCAGGACUGACUGAACGUCAGAUUCAGGAAGUUCUCAGUGUUGUUAAAGAACAUGCACGAAGAUUACUUGAACUUGAUGCCGCAUUAACUGCGAAGACUCUAGCAGAGCAGGGCUUGGAGCUACAUCAGCACAUGAUCGACUCUACCGAGGAUGCAGCAGACCUACAGCACACAUAUCUCAAGACAUUGCUGGAGCCGGGGGAGCCAACAGCAGAUCACAAGUUGGUGGCCGCUCGUGACUUGGUCGAACGUUAUGUGCAGCUCAUGUGUAAAUUUGAGCCGUCUCAUGUAUCUGAUUACGUUGGUCUUGUGCAGUCAACUGACUUGAGGCUCGAAAAGCUGCUGCCGACGAUGGAGGAGACUGGUGUGAUUGAUGCGGCCGUUGUGUUGAUGGCUCGGGAAGGCCAAGUCAAGGACGCUAUGGAACGACUUGUCAAGCAUCUCAAGACCUUGGAGUCCGCAAUGCAUGGACUGUUGACAGGUGCUGAAGAACAGCAUUCAGGACCAAGUCUUGGGUACGCCGCUGAGGAUCUUCUCGAAGCUCUUCAGAAAUAUGUUCAUGUUGGCAUAUGGUUAUGCCAAGGCCAGACCAAAUCAUCGACUAAGAAGUCGAAAUUGGUACAAAAGACUCCAAAAUCGGCAACUGAGGCGCUGUCAUCGGACGAGGCUUUAUGGUUGAGUCUGAUCGAUGCGUGUGUGCAAAUCACCAAGAAAUUGUCACCUGCUCUCAGCGCUGCUGCUGAGCAGAACACGAGUGACGACGAGUUUGAUGAGGAGAAACUCGUGGCUCUUCUUCGCUCGCUGGUUCAGCACACGUUUACGGCGCUGCUUACAACGACAUCCAGCCAGACGACAUCUCUGUCGGGGUCGAAGCUGGUGUCAAAUGCCAGCUCCAACCUGUCUUUUCUGCGCAUUCUCAGGGCGUUCUUGACACAAGCGGCUGCGUCAUCUCCAAACUUGGCAGAUCUUCGAGGAGUACUGGCGUCCAUCUUCUCAGCGUAUGCGUAUGAAGAGUCAAUCCUCAAGCUAUCGAAUCGCCUGUUGGAGCGCAGCCUAUUUGUCAACGUCAAUCAAUCAGUUGAGCUUCGUCAAAGAGGAUGGCGACCAAGAGGAUCAACGUGUGAGGCAUGCAGCCGAAGAGUCUGGGGACCUGGAGUCGCUGGAACAGCAGUGUUUGAGGCGUGGGAGGAUAAACAGGCUAUUGAGGAAAAGAGAAGGAAAGAAAGGCAGGCCAACGCAGCGGAGCGCGCCAAGGGUGAUGAUGGCGAAACGGAACUCAAGGCUAAGGGUAAGGGAGUCGACACGAGGCCGUCGAGCAUGCUCAUCGAGACCAACGCCAACAGCAGCGUGGGCAGUAAUAAGGACAAGCCUAUGGGGCCUUUGGUAGUAUUGGCAUGCCGGCACAUAUAUCACCAGAGCUGCCUGGAUGAGUUGCAGGAAAGGCAGCAGAAUGGAGUGGUAGGUGUUGUUGAGAGAGAGUAUAGAUGCCCUAUUGAUGGGUGA